AAAGAAUUUUGGAGCACCUACACAAAAGCGCACCAGGGGGAGAAUAACAGAGGAAGUGACUGGUUUCAAUUCUACCUGACCUUUCCGUUAAUCUUUGGCCUUUUCAUCAUCCUUCUUGUCAUCUUCUUAAUCUGGAGAUGCUUCCUGAGAAACAAAACUCGCAGACAAACAGUGACGGAGGGCCACAUUCCUUUUCCUCAGCAUCUUAAUAUCAUCACCCCUCCUUCCCAGCCAGACGAAAUGUAUGAUAGCAGUGGGCUGUCUCCAGGCUUUCUGGAAUAUGUAGUUGGUCGUUCAGAUUCUGUCUCCACCCGUCUAUCCAACUGUGAACCCCCACCAACCUAUGAAGAGGCCACUGGCCAGGUGACCCUUCGCAGGAGUGAAACGGAACCUCAUUUAGACCCACCCCCAGAGUAUGAGGACAUCGUUAACUCCAACUCAGCCAGUGCCAUUGCAAUGGUGCCUGUGGUUACUACCAUCAAAUGA